UGAAUGGGAAACACAUUUGGUGUACCUCACCGGUGCACUAACCAAAUGGUGGAAGGCGAUGACAAGCGCAAACAGCUGUUGGUUUAAGUUAACUACCGAGGGGACUACAGGAAAAAUAAAAAAAACCCGAGUCUUAAAGCGACCCGUGUGUGCUAUUUACUUACGCGGCAGCGAAGAAGAAGAAGAAGAAACAGUGGGGAGAGUCGCAUCGGGAGCUGCAACCGAAGAGAGGGAUGCGGGGACUUAAAAGGAGAUAAAUACAAGAAAUUCGUCAGUUAUUUCUUGUCAGCAUGUGGUAUGUGUUCAGUUAAGAAAGCCCGAAUUUGUUUGCGGUCGCUGGGGCGGCUCCUGUGCUUGAAAAUGGAGAUAAUAUGCAGAUAGGGCGUUUUUGAAGUCCACCUUUUGUCGUGGACAGUCGGCUAACGUUGGCGAGGAUUUUUUUUGAGUGCUGCUACUGGACCUGGCAGGUUUGUCUCUGCUGUGUGUCACUAGCGUCAGUUAUACUCGAGGGUGUUUUUUAUGCCCCUUUUUUGAACAAGUGUUGUUAAGGGCCUCUCCCGGCAAACUGCGUCACCGAGUGGGCGCUGCAGGUAUUCAUCUGUCGAUCUGCGUGUUGGAAAGUCUACCCGUGAUGGCACGAAUGACCUGGAAACCAAAGCGACUGAACUUUUAAGUCACCAUGGAGCCGGAGUCUAAAUCAGGCUCCGGGGACCAUCAAGACCUGAGAAAUUCGCCUGUAACCAAGUCUCAGUGUGAACCGGGCAAAAAUGUGCGCGAGGCCAUGGGUGAUGGACCCGUCAGUCUUGUGGACUCUGUAGUGAGAGGUGGGAGUGACCCCAGCGCAUAUCCUUCCUCCAGUUAUCAGAGGAUUGUGCAUCAGAGAUUCAUCAGGAGAAGUUUAUGGUUUUCAGACACAGAUGAGCAGGCCUUUGAAGCACCUGAAUGUAAUAACAGGAGUAAGAUCCUAAACAUUAACCUGCGAACAAUUGUGGACAGGUCAAGGGGGACCAGCUGUGGGAUACAGGAGGGAUCCAGCACUGAAAGUCAAGGUGGGCUUAAAGACAGUGCAACAGAGAGCGCCAGCGCCGAUGAGGACAAGGAGAAAGGUGGAGACGCGCUAAAUGUUACAUGCAGUGAUGGUGGUAAAGCUGCUGUCAAGGCAGCCAGUGAGGAGAAUGAGGAGGAGGCAGAGAUGAAGGCAGUCUCCACGUCUCCAGGGGGAAGGUUCCUUAAAUUUGACAUAGAGCUGGGGAGAGGUUCCUUCAAGACAGUCUACAAAGGCCUGGAUACUGAGACCUGGGUGGAGGUGGCCUGGUGUGAGCUGCAGGAUCGUAAGCUUUCUAAAAUGGAACGUCAGCGCUUUAAAGAGGAAGCAGAAAUGUUGAAAGGCCUCCAGCAUCCCAACAUUGUCCGUUUCUACGACUUCUGGGAGUCACCGCUUAAAGGAAAGAAGUGCAUUGUUUUAGUAACAGAGCUCAUGACGUCAGGAACGCUAAAAACCUAUCUAAAGCGUUUCAAGGUAAUGAAGCCCAAAGUGUUAAGGAGCUGGUGUAGACAGAUCCUUAAAGGCCUCCACUUUCUCCACACCAGGACGCCUCCCAUCAUCCACAGAGAUCUUAAAUGUGACAACAUCUUUAUUACUGGACCUACAGGUUCAGUAAAGAUAGGGGAUUUAGGUCUGGCAACACUCAAGGCAGCUUCUUUUGCUAAGAGUGUCAUAGGCACUCCAGAGUUCAUGGCCCCAGAGAUGUAUGAGGAACACUAUGACGAGGCUGUGGAUGUCUAUGCCUUUGGCAUGUGUAUGCUAGAAAUGGCCACCUCUGAAUAUCCCUAUUCUGAGUGUCAGAAUGCUGCUCAAAUCUACCGCAAAGUUACCAGUGGAGUAAAGCCAGCCAGCUACAACAAGGUCAUGGAUCCUGAAAUCAAGGAGAUCAUUGGAGAGUGCAUCUGCCAAAAGAAAGAGGAACGGUACACGAUCAAAGAUCUGUUGAAUCACGCUUUUUUUGCCGAGGACACAGGUGUGAGGGUGGAGCUAGCUGAGGAGGAUGAUGGAAAAAAGUCCUCAAUAGCUCUCAAACUGUGGGUGGAGGACCCCAAGAAGUUAAAAGGGAAAUACAAGGAGAGUGGGGCCAUUGAGUUUACAUUUGACCUGGAGAAGGAGGUCCCUGAGGUUGUCGCACAAGAAAUGGUGGAGUCUGGCUUCUUCCAUGAGAGUGAUGCUAAGACCGUGGGAAAGUCGAUCAGGGACCGUGUGGCACUGAUCAAAUGGAGACGAGAGCGCACAGUGUCUGCAGCGGCUGCAGAGAAUCAGGGUGAAGGAGGACACGGCACCCAGAUGACACCAUCUCAGGGCAUCUCUGCUGGGGUGCCACAUGUAGGGCAGCCCCUUGUGCUGGAACCAGAAGAGCCAGAGGCAGACCAGUACAACAGGCUGCAUAACCUCACAGCCAGUGCCACCUCAGUAACAUCAGACAGCACACUUGACAGUGGCAUGGGCUCCACAGUGUACUCGGACUCCCACAGCAGCCAGCACAGUGUCCUCUACCAGUCCCUGCUCGAGCCUAUUACUAUGGCAACACAGCAGUGCCCGAGCAGUAGCCAUUUUCUGACAGAUCGACCCCAGUACUGCGAACAGGGUGAAGUGUGGGAGGCAACGCUGAGCCCAGAGCUCAGGGCUCGAUUGGGAGCUGAAGGCCGGAGGGGAAGUGCCCCUGUUAUUGACAUUCAAAGGGCAAACCACAUUGCUCGACUGCAUGCCCUCAUUCAGUCUAAGAGAUCAGUCAGUCCCAACCCAACGGUACCAGAACGGUCAGAACUCAGCUCUGCUGAGCUGCACUCAGAGUCUUAUGGAGGGUUUUCCCCACAGAGUGCUAUGCCAGUAAUCAAAGUCUCCCCCGUCUCUUCACCUACUGACCACCGCCGACUUAGUGAUAUCAACAUCAGAUCGCCAUCAGAGACAUUAUCACUUCCUGUGCCAACUGAACGAAGGCACUCUGACCUUAGUAGUCUUCUGAGUCUGACCUCUCAUCACAACCACCAUAUUGCGAUGCACAGGGGCUCUGCGUGCCAGGCAUGUAUUUCUAUGCUUCAUUUGAGGUCACAAGAUUGGAGGCACCACUGUCAUUCUGUUGUCAUGCCAACGCACCAAUGUCCAUGUGACUUUAGACACCACCCAUCACCUGGUGGAAUGAUGAGCACUCCUGGCUAUGGACUGCUGAAGGCUUCAAGUGAUUAUUCCAAUUUCUCACAGCUGCAGCAGUCCCUCUUUAAUAUAAUCAGUCGCAAAGCAGCCCCUUGUCCCCCCACACCUGCCCAAGCCUCAUCACUGUACUCUUCAGCUGCUCUCAGUCCAACCGGGAGUGAUGGAGACUGCAGCCUAAAGAGUCAGUUCCAGAUUAGCAGUCUUGUUGGGGACCACGAACCUCUCCAGGAGUGUGAAGACAGAUGCUGUGCCAGAGAGCAGCAAGUUACCAGGGCUGUAGGAGUGGCCAGUUCUGCAGGUUACCAGACUCAACAAUCUGUCCAAGGUCUGUCCUCUUCCAGCUCCACAGUGCAUGCACCACCACAGUACCUCCAGCCUGGACACAGCUACCCUGCUACUUUGUAUGCUCCUCAGCCUUGUGCACCAACACCAGCUCCAGCCAGUCUAUGUUCAGUCAACAUCCAACAUGCGACCAGUGCUGGUAGCUACUCACCGCCAAAUGUGCAACAGGCUCAAGUUGCAGCAAGUAUUGUACCAUCAGCUGUGCCACAACAUGUUGUACAAAGCUACCAAGCACCAGUCCAGCAACAGCAGCAAGUAACUGCAGCGAACUCUUUGACUUUUCCCUUACAAGUGCAGCAAACAUCUCAGAACUCUGUGGCCCCACCUUUACAACAGGCUCAGUCUGCAUCAGGAUCAGUUCAGCAGCCAACUGCAGCAACCACUCUGCCAGCACAGCAGCCAACUGAAAAUUGUCCUAGUGCAUCUGCAGCCCCAUCUAUGGCACCCACAGUUCAGGGUCAACCAGUACAAGCUUCCAGCACACUGCAGCAGGCCCAAACCACAGUCAAACUGCCCAAUCAGCAACAUAGUCAAAACUCUGCCACACCAGCACUUUACAGUCAGCAAAUAUCCAUUCAACAAGAGCACCAACAGUCUUUAUCACAAAAUGCACAGCAAAAUGCUGGGAAGGCCUGUGUUCAGUCUCAACUCCAGCAUGGCCAAGAAACUGUGUAUGCCAUGCACCAGCAAAUGGCACAACAUCCAACCCAACAAUCACAAAGUCUUCACUGUUCGACACAGCAACAAGUGCACACUCCAAAUGUCCAGCAGCACAGUCAAAAAACUAUCCAAACAGCAGUUCCACAACAGAGUCAGGAUGUAUCCCAGUCUCAGCCCCAAACCACCGCAACUCAAGUUCUGCAGGUUCCAGCCAAACAUCAGAGUUACUCAGCUGCAGGUCCACAUGAUGCUGCCUCUCAGAGCUAUGCACAUUCUGCACUUCAACAAACAGCUCCGGGUCAAAGUCAGUACCUGCCUGCCCAAUCAGUCUGUCCACAGACUUACAUAGCAGCUAACCAGGUACUGACUUCUCAGAGCAUUUCAACCUCUUCUCAGCAAGGCCAGGCUGAACAUACCACCCAACAGAAUAUCUCUGCUGGUCAGAGCAUUUCACAGCUUGGACAGGGUGGACAGGGCCAUGGGCAGAAUGUCAGCCAGCCAGCUUCCAGUGGGCCAGCACAGGCACUCUCUGCUCAGCAGUCAACUGCUCACCAACAGCAACUCCAGCCUCUGCAGAUUUCUGCUUCACUGUCACCAUCACACCAACCACAGUUUCCUUCACAGUAUCCCACAGUCCAGGUGAUGGCAGCUGUGACUGAUUCUGAAUCUUCCUUCCCUCACUCUUGCACUGCUCCUCCCCCUUCAGCCUCAACCUCUCUUAAUCACAUCUUCCUUUCUCCUGGGCAUACUGUCCCUGCGACUCCUUCUGUCUCUCCCAUUUCUCCUCUGCACAUUGAAAACACAUUAGUUUCACCCAUCUCAGUAUCCCUCAUACCGUCCCCGUCACAUGCACUGAGUAAGAUAGAGCCCACAUCCCCACAACCACAACACACUGCUAGAUCUGAGGUUUCUCAUGCAUCACCUGCAUUUAUAUCAGCCCUAACCACCCACCCCACACACACACACACUGCCCGGUGCCAGAACACACACCCUUCCACAAUUGGCAGCAGUCAGCCACUAAUACAGGCUCCUCAGCAGUCCCAGGUUAGCCAUCCCGAGCCUGUUCCCUGUGCUCAGUCAGUCCAGCCAUCUCAGCUCAAACAAGCUGCAGUCUUUUCUUCACAUGUGCAGAAUGGGGCAGAACUGGGAACAGCCUCUGCGGCUGCCCAGCUGGACAGUGUGAGCCCAUGCCAGCUCCCCCCACAGGCCCAGCCCCAGAGUCAGGUUCAAAGCCAAAUUCCUGUGCUGCAGUCUGCAGACUCCCAGAGAGCAUCAUCUGGGUCUGCCAGUUCCUGUUGGACUCAGCAGAAGCAACUGAGUAAUGUCACAGGAGCUGCAGGUCAGGGUCCAUCAGAGAUUAACAUGGAGGACCAAGCUGCAGAGAAACACACAGGAGGACAGAGCUAUGACAGUGUCAACUCCGAUGCCACGUCAGGAAAGGAGAUGAGUGAUGGUUAUGAAGGGACACAUGGAGGUAGAUGCGAUGGGAAAGUCCGCAAACACCACCGCAGGUCCUCACGCACUCGUUCUCGGCAAGAAAAGCUCAGCAGACCAAAGCUUAGCAUGCUGAAUGUGUGUAACACUGGGGAUAAAAUGGUCGAGUGUCAGCUGGAGACUCAUAACCAUAAAAUGGUCACUUUCAAAUUUGACCUGGAUGGAGAUGCACCAGAAGAGAUUGCUACAUACAUGGUGGAGAACGAUUUUAUUCUACCUUUAGAAAAAGAGGUCUUCAUUGAGCAGCUGAAGGACAUCGUAGACAAGGCUGAGGACAUGCUGAGUGAGGACACUGAGGGUGAGAGGAACUCAGACCAGGGAGGCAGCCCCAAACAGAGUGAAGGACCUGGCACACUGGGAACAGAGGCUUCAUCUCCCAGCACCCCACAGCUAGUGUACCAACAAAAUGUCCUGCACACUGGUAAGCGUUGGUUUAUAAUCUGCCCCGUGGCUGAGACUCCCAUGCACGACAAAGAGAAUACAUCACACGCCCAGGAAUCUGAAAAGUCUGGCUCAUCGUCAGUCGGGGCCAACGGCAACACAGCUGCAGUGCCUACUCAGGUCGUCUCUUUGUCCUCCCAAAACCCGUCCUCAUCUUCCUCACUGACCACCGCAGCUCAAACCUCGGUCCAGCCUCCGGACCAAAUCACUAGCAAAGCCCACAUCCAGCAGACCCAGCCCGGUGUUACUAAACAUGCCCUAGGUUCUAGUGCCGCCAACCAUCGCAGCUCACUUUCUGUGGAAGAACCUUGCAUCUCUGCUGUUUCUAUGGUUACUGAUAUGCCAUGCUGCGCUAUUGUGCCCCCUGUCUCGCUGGAUGUAAAUGGCAUUGAGAAAGGAACACCUGGUGGUUUGGUUUCAUCUCAGACUAAUCAACCAAUCCAGAAGGCCAGCCCUACUGGAGAAGCUCCUCCUCAGCUGACUUCCCUUCAGUCUGUGGUCAUGCAGCAACCUUAUGCAACGCCCAUGCAGCCUGGGACUGUGACCUCACAGCCUCAAAGUCCUGCACAUCAGAACUCCCAGUCUUCAAGCCAUCAGCAGUGUGUGGGGCCAGGCGAGUCAGACAGUGAGGGGCCACGCAGGGUGGAGUUUGUUGACCGCACUAUCAAGACUUUGGAUGAGAAGCUGAGAAACCUGUUAUACCAAGAGCAUGCUCCUUCCCAGCCCUCGAGCCUUACAUCUGAAACCCAGGCAUCCAGCACAGAGGGGGUCAGCUCCCCUCCAGUCUCAGAUGGCCAAAGCACUGAAGGAGCACUUACAAAGAAGAAGGGGGAACCUCUGCCUCAGAUUCCUGAGCGCACGGAUGAUGUGGGUACAUUAAGUGACUCUGCAGUGCCAGGUACUAACAGGGGUUUAAAAAGAAGUGAUGUGCCUGCCAGCUCUGGUGCACAUGGCUACAAAAGCCGUUUUCAAAUCAUCCCAACUCCGCCGGAUGUUAUUUGUCGCUUGGAAAAAAGCAAGACAAGCUGCAGCUCCUGCAGUUCCCCAGCUCCUUCUAGUGGUUCUGGUGGGUCUUACAGCCAGGCUCAGAGCAUGAACAAGAAAGAGAGAGGAUGUGUGGCUAUGAGCAGGUCAUCAGUGAAACCUCGAGAUGAAGAUGAGAAUGCAGAAACAUCUAAAUCUCACCGCAGUAGCCGUUACUCUGCUCCGCCAAACUUCUACCAGGCUACACCUUCUUCUAGUCCUGACAGCACCCCAUGCCACAUUCCCCGGGCCCAGACUAUUGACGCUUCAGCACAUCACCACUAUCGCUUCCCCUCUCACCUCUGCUCUGACUCAGCAGAUGAGGACAGCAGCAGCGUAGCUCUUCCUCCUGCACAUCCAGCUCCUCCGGCUCAUACCCUGUCUGAGCACAGUGGAAGUGACCUCAUGAAGAGGGCAGUCGCCUUCCUGCGGCGCUCUGGGCGAAGCAAAAGUGAACAGAGCUCUGAUUCACCGAGCCGACAGCCCGUGUCAAUGAAUGGUCACACUCCUUCGCCUUCAGCAGGACAUGCACCCUCAUCCUACGUCAGCAGUGACAAUGACUCUGAGUUUGAGGAUGCAGAUAUGAGAAAAGAACUACAGAAACUUAGAGAAAAACACAUGAAGGAGAUCUCAGAGCUGCAGGCAUUUCAGAGGAGUGAGAUUGAACGUCUGUACAAGGAGUUGGGAAAAACUCUGCCCCCCAAUGUCAGCCUGCUUCAUGCUGCACCUCCAAGUGGCCGUAGGCGCAAAGCCAGCAAACACAAGCUAAAGGCUGGAAAACUGCUCAAUCCAAUGGUGCAGCAGCUCAAAAACAAUCUUAAUACAACCAGUGCUGACAGAAAAGGUGAGAGUGCUGCCAGCUCGUCCGGCUCCCCGGCUAAAAGUUCAGUUCUAUCAGAUGGCUCAGCCCACUCCAGCGGCUGCUCCAGCUCCAGCAAUCAGCCGAGCACUGCCCCAGAGCAUGUCCACACCCAGCAGCCCUGUUCUUUGAAGGGUUCUUUCUCCUCAGACAACAUCUACGCUGGACUACAUGGUGAUGGAAAUCCCAACCAUGCUGGCCCUGGUCAAGGCUGGACGGUUUACCACCAAACGUCAGAGAGAGUCACCUAUAAAUCUAGUAGCAAACCACGCACUAGAUUCCUCAGUGGACCUGUGUCUCUGUCCAUCUGGUCCACUCUGAAACGACUAUGUCUAGGCAAAGAACGCAGUAGUAGGUCCUCUCUCAACACCACCACUGCUCAGACAGCCUCCAGUCAGACUCAGCCAUCACUCUCUGCAGCAACAUCCUCGCCCUCUCCUCAGCCAUUCACACGUCUCGCUCAGGUCCAGACCAACAACAGCAACAACAAGAGAGGCACGUUUACUGAUGAUCUUCACAAACUGGUUGAUGACUGGACAAAGGAAACUGUAGCAGCGGCCAGUCAAGCACGACCUUCCCUGAACCAGAUGAAACAGCAGAGGCGUCGGCAAGACCUGGAAGGCGGUGCAGCACCGAUGGGAGCAGUUACUCGUGAGAUGAAAUGUCAUAAUGGUCCCGGCAAGUUCCAGCUGCCUCUUUCAUGCCCCCCGACUGCUGCUUUAGGCCCUCGUAUACCUGCAACCCUAUCGUCAAACUCAUCCACAGCGCCCUCUCCUGGUUACCUCAUUCCCGCAGGCUCCUAUGCUGGGAUGGUUCCCGGUCCUCUUUAUCCCCAGAGAUGGCCCAGCUUGCCCAGUCCUGUAGGGUCUGUGGUCCCCUUAGGCUUGCUUGGUGCAGCAAGAAUGAUGCCCUAUGGCACAAUGGCAAACCCACAGAUUCAAGCUUACCCUCUGGUCAUCCACAGUCCCGAGAAUGGCCCGUGUCCAAAAACCACAAGGACUACUUGAUCUGCUUACCAAAAUUUAUUAGUGUGUAUUUGCAAGACAGUCCAGCUCCACUCUGCUCUGUUCAGAGCAACACAUGUACAUAAUCCCAUCAUGUAAAUACCAUGAGAAAAGUGUUGAUUCUUCAUGCAACACUAAUCUGUAGUAAAUUGUGUGUGUGAGUGUAGAUAUGUGUGUAUAUUAUACAAUACAUGUUAAGUAAGUAUGUUUGAAUACUUUUUUGGCUUUAGUCAUGACUCAGCCAUACUAGUCAUUUUAUGUGUGGUCACAACAUCCAUAUUUCAUUUUAUUCUUCAAUUCUGCAAUUUUCUUGUUGCUUUUGCCUUUCUGGGUUAAGUACACUUUAAACACUACAUUGUAAUCCAAAUAUCAGUGGUUUGAGAUACAAUAAUAGGACAGUAUGAUGAAUCUAUUGGAAAGAAUGUAGUGCCUUGAACAUUAAUUUAUAUAAAUUUUUUAUUCUUGGAAAAAAGAAAAAAAACACAAGUCUGCAUCCAAGUUAUUUUAUUUUAAUGUAGCUUGAAUGCAGUCUUGAGUUUUUAAUACAUUGCAAUUUUUAUUUUUAUCUUUUUUUGGUUUACAUAUGAAUGCCCUUCUGUUACUGCACUGUCAUCACAGUAUGUAGUUUUAUUUAAAUAACAGAAUCGUGUUUUAACUCUUGUUUACUUUCCACCCCUGUGACAGAUGGAAUGCCAUAGCGGUGAGACGUACUGAUGCCUUGCAGAAACAAACGGUUAAUGUACGACUGAUGAGGGAAGGGAGAAAAAAAAAAAUGCCAGCAGCCAAAAUCCACUCAUUCAGGUCAAAAUGGUUCAGCAGGACACGGCCUCCUUUUGAUAGGAUAGCUGAUACAUUAGACAGCACAAGAGCUGGCAGUGUUGUAGCUUUGUGCUCAAAGGAAAGGCGGUGUCCAGAGCCAUACAUACUGUACAUAGUUCUUUCUACAGUAUAUGCCUCCGGAAGUGUUCUGAUCAGAAUGUAGCGAUUAAUAUGUGAAGGCUUGAGGCUCAAAAGUGCAAUUUAAACCCCUCAACAAAGCUUUGAUCGUGGCCUUGCCACAAGCCUUAUCUCUAAUGUGUGCAACAGGAGCAAGCUAAAAAGUUGAACAAACGUCGCAAAUCACCAAGCACCAGACAGAAGACAGAAGUUACCGGGCAAAGUAUAAAGAUUACAAUCCACGCAGCAAACUGAAUUCACUUCCAGUAAAUGUUCUUUCAACUUUGCUAGUACUCAGCGUACACUGUAUGUAAAAUGUUCUGUGCAAUCACAAGUUAGCUCUGAUGUUUUCAACCUAUUUGAUGUUUGAUGCUUUUCUUUUUCUUUUGGUGAUGCUGCUAUCAUCUGUUAAGGUGAUCCUACUGUAUAGUUAGGCUUUCUGUUCACAUACAAUGACACUAUAAUAAACAAGACUCCUCAGAUUAACAAAUGGGACACUCAUGAAGCAGUGUUAUUGCCUUGUUGAAAUUUUGUUCAUUUCACACGUUGCUUUUGAUGUCUGCUCUGUUUUCCAGUUUCUUUCCAGUGAUAUAUUUCAAAAUGCAAACGACACUCGAUGUGGGAGAUUUGCACAACACAUAUUCUCCUUUUAUUCUGCGUUAAAAGAGUUCCUACACUGUAUAUAAGUGGGUUUCACCCAUCUGUACUUUUAUAUCACUGACGAGCAUGGCCAACUUUUCAUGUUCCACAAAGCUUAACAGUUACUGCUAUUAUGGUUAGAAAUUUCACAUCUUCACAGCACAUUUGAAAGAUUUCAGCACCCCCAAUCUUGCCAAGCUGUGAAUUUUACAGUUUUCUUGUUUUGUACAUUUUGUUUUUCUGUUUUUGUGUUUUUUUUGGUUGUUGUUUUUUGGAUGAAAAUGAUAUUGAUGGUGGUGGUGGUAUUGGAUGAGGAGGAGGGGUUGCUUUGAAGUAUAUUAUUCCAUCAAUUCGGUUUGAAUUGGACUUUUAUAGGAUAUUAUGCAGAGUCUUCUGCUUUGGUGAAAUACUUCCAGUAGUAAGAGAUUUCUGUUCUCUGUCAUUUGUAUCUGGUAUGUUUUGUUCCACCUCCCUCGCUGCUAACUUACUGGAGAGCAGAGAAGGGAACAACUCUAUGGCAUAUUCAUUUGGAUGCACUGAUGAAAUGAAGAGCUGAUACACACAGAGGGGAAAGCAGCUCUGACACCUUCUCCCUCUGCUCAUCUCGCUCUUCUGUGGACAACAUUGCCCCCUGGUGAAUAUGCACUGGUUGUCAAAGGCUUGUAUUCAAACUGUGGGAUUGCUUUUUGCCUGCUGUAUGUCCCACUGCAUUACCCCACCCUAUCCUGCUGCACUCUUAUCACAGACUGUAUGUUGAGAGAGAAAUAAAUAUUUUAUGCUUGA